AUGAAUGACAGCACCGAUCAGUGUCCCCUGAGCCCGAAAAGCGUGCGGUCCGUGGAAUCGAACCAGCCGUUCCCUCCACUUAGUCCUGACCUGGAAUCGAUCGACUAUAUCGAGGAGGAAGAUACCGAAUCACGCCAGGAUGAUGACGAUGACGAUGGCGAUGAUGAAGAGGUAGAGAAAACAGAGGGUGUUGAAGGCACAAAUGACGAGGAAGACGAAGAGAACGGUGAAGGGGAAGAAGAGGAAGAAGAAAGAGGCACAGAAGAGGCAGAGUUUCUCUCUCAAUAUUCCCCACGAGCGUCAGAGUCCGAGGAAGAAAGCUCCCAGGAGGAGGAUAACUUUGCCAUCGACCGACCGUUCCUACGGUCUACAAUCUCUUUACCCCAUGCCUUUGCGCCGCCGUUCUAUAAUCGACCUCCUACUCCUCUCCCGCCCUCGCCGUCUUUGACAUCACUACUUCGCCCAUCCUUCUCCGCAACCACAUCCCGCCCUACAACCCCCGAUAGCUCUGAUGUCGAAACACCAAACGAUACUGAAGCCGCGGUAGCGAAGUCUGCGCGCAAUGCAACGACAGUGCCGCGAGCCAGCCCAAAGGUCCCUACAUACGAAUAUUAUGGGUUCGUCCUAUAUCUAGCGUCGUCCAUUGCAUUCUUAAUGUAUUUGCUAUGGUCGUUUUUGCCAUCACCGUUCCUGCAUCAAUUGGGGAUUCACUACUAUCCCAACAGAUGGUGGUCCCUGGCCAUACCCUCCUUCCUUGUCAUGACACUUAUAUACAUAUACGUUGCCCUAGCAGCGUAUAACACCGGCUACCUCACCCUUCCAAUGAACAGUAUCGAGAACCUGGUCGAUGAUGCAGCGAAUAUCGCCGUGAUUGAUAGCAAAGGACGACGUCGACCGGGUGGUUCAGGCAAGAUGAACCCCGACUCUGCAACGGCGCAGAUCAUGGGCUCGCAGAAAAGGAUACCGUGGGACCAAGUCUGGAAUGAAGGGACUGAUGCCGUUAUGGACAUUCCCAUCGGUGGGGUGUGUGAGGUGCUUUAUGGUAGUGAUGACAUUAAUGACGGAAACAGGCAGUAUUCUUCGAGCCGGGCGGUUCAUUCAGAGGAGAAUUGA